AACCAACAAAAAAGGAGAAAAGAGCAUACAAUAAAAUUUUAAACAACAAAUUUAGAUGAAGUUUUAUAUAUUGAUGUGAUUUUUUUCUGCUCUCCUAACUUAUUUUCAGAAUACUCGCUUACUGUUGGAGAAACCCACUUUCUUUACAGUUAUGGAUUACACAGUAGACCUUACAUCAGAACGUGGUUAUUCAAUAUCAAUUCUUCACAAAGCGAUACUGGUAACAUUGCCUUCUUUGUGUACAUUAGCGACAUUUAUUUAAGCUAUGACAACGUACUUCGUAUUGGCUCUGGAUUUGUCCCCAGUGAUGGUUCCGAAUUUCGAUUUACCAAUGAUGACCACCCGUCUAACAGGGCAAGAAGGCUCAUUCAGUCAUCAGAGAUGCACGUGGAUUUCACAAGCUCCUAUAGUUAUUCACAUUUCAACCUGGCGAUUACACCCCGUUCCCUUGAAGGUCUCUUUGUGUGCAAUGAUGGAUUACAUGCAGUCAACCAGUCCUCCCUGUGUGAUGUCAGUGUAGAUUGUCCGGACUCCAGUGAUGAAACCGGCUGUGUACAUGAGCUGGACAAUGGAGAACAUCUUUAUCUGUACUCGCCAAAUUAUCCAAAUAGCUACUACGGCAACACCUCCAUCCUUUGGCUCUUCCAGGCGAAUUCAUCAGCUGGAGGCAACUUCUCUUUCGUUGUGACCAUCGACGAGUUGCACCUCGACAGCUAUGAUACUUUGAAGAUAGGACAAGGCCAUGAUGCCGAUGGCUUCACUGUAGUCAAUUUAACUGGCUUUACAUCCCUGGACAACCCAUAUUUUACCGUUGUUGAAGGAGAUGAGCUCUUUAUUGAAUUUGUGACUGAUGACUAUUACAAUUUAGGAGCUUUUAGCAUCGAUAUUGGACUCUACUUGUUAGAUGACCUCUUUGUUUGCUCCGAUGGAACUCCUUAUAAUUCUACUGCUCGAUGCGAUUCUAUUGAUGAUUGUAAUGAUGGCAGUGAUGAAAACAACUGCAAAUACUCGCUUACUGUUGGAGAAACCCACUUUCUUUACAGUUAUGGAUUACACAGUAGACCUUACAUCAGAACGUGGUUAUUCAAUAUCAAUUCUUCACAAAGCGAUACUGGUAACAUUGCCUUCUUUGUGUACAUUAGCGACAUUUAUUUAAGCUAUGGCAACGUACUUCGUAUUGGCUCUGGAUUUGUCCCCAGUGAUGGUUCCGAAUUUCGAUUUACCAAUGAUGACCACCCGUCUAACAGGGCAAGAAGGCUCAUUCAGUCAUCGGAGAUGCACGUGGAUUUCACAAGCUCCUAUAGUUAUUCACAUUUCAACCUGGCGAUUACACCCCGUUCCCUUGAAGGUCUCUUUGUGUGCAAUGAUGGAUUACAUGCAGUCAACCAGUCCUCCCUGUGUGAUGUCAGUGUAGAUUGUCCGGACUCCAGUGAUGAAACCGGCUGUGUCCACACGCUUUAUCUUGGAGACACAAGAGUUCUACUCAGUUCUGGUUACUCGUACACACGUGCCUUGUGGCUCUUCAACUCAAGCGCUCCUGCUCUUACUAACUCCAUGGAAGUAGCAUUCAUUAUCACUUUCAACUACGGAUAUCUUUCUUAUGGUGAUGUUCUACGGAUUGGAGCCGGUCUGGUACCCAACAAUGAUGCUGAAGUCUCCAGUGGAAGCCAGCAAUUUCCAAGGGGGGAGCGCAUUCUAGCUGCAUCAGAGAUGUUCAUUGAAUUUACAUCAAGUUCAUACUACAACUACUUCCUAAUGGAGAUAUCUUUGGGUUAUCUCACAGAUCCUUUCCAAUGCAAGACAGGUCCAUGGGCAGUCAAUGGAUCCGCUAUAUGUGAUGUGAUACUAGACUGCAGAGACGGUAGUGAUGAGGCAUCAUGCAUACAUGAGCUGGACAAUGGAGAACAUCUUUAUCUGUACUCGCCAAAUUAUCCAAAUAGCUACUACGGCAACACCUCCAUCCUUUGGCUCUUCCAGGCGAAUUCAUCAGCUGGAGGCAACUUCUCUUUCGUUGUGACCAUCGACGAGUUGCACCUCGACAGCUAUGAUACUUUGAAGAUAGGACAAGGCCAUGAUGCCGAUGGCUUCACUGUAGUCAAUUUAACUGGCUUUACAUCCCUGGACAACCCAUAUUUUACCGUUGUUGAAGGAGAUGAGCUCUUUAUUGAAUUUGUGACUGAUGACUAUUACAAUUUAGGAGCUUUUAGCAUCGAUAUUGGACUCUACUUGUUAGAUGACCUCUUUGUUUGCUCCGAUGGAACUCCUUAUAAUUCUACUGCUCGAUGCGAUUCUAUUGAUGAUUGUAAUGAUGGCAGUGAUGAAAACAACUGCAAAUACUCGCUUACUGUUGGAGAAACCCACUUUCUUUACAAUUAUGAAUCGUACAGUAGACCUUACAUCAGGACAUGGUUAUUCAAUAUCAAUUCUUCACAAAGCGAUGCCGGUAACAUCGCCUUCUUUGUGUACAUUAGCGACAUUUAUGUAAGUUAUGGCAACGUACUUCGUAUUGGCUCUGGAUUUGUCCCCAGUAAUGAUUCAGAAUUUCUAUUUGCCAAUGAUGACCACCUGUCUAACGGGGCAAGGAGGCUCAUUCAGUCAUCCGAGAUGCACGUGGAACUCACAAGCUCCUAUAGUUCUUCACGUUUCCACCUGGAGAUUACACCCCGUUCCCUUGAAGUCCACACGCUUUAUCUUGGAGACGCAAGAGUACUACUCAGUCCUGGUUACUCGUACACACAUGCCUUGUGGCUCUUCAACUCAAGCGCUCCUGCUCUUACUAACUCCAUGGAAGUAGCAUUCAUUAUCACUCUCAACUAUGGAUAUGUUUCUUAUGGUAAUGUCCUACGGAUUGGAGCCGGUCUGGUACCCAACAAUGAUGCUGAGGUCUUCAGUGGAAGCCAGCAAUUUCCAAGGGGGGAGCGCAUUCUAGCUGCAUCAGAGAUGUUCAUUGAAUUUACAUCAAGUUCAUACUACAACUACUACUCCUUCCAAAUGGAGAUAUCUUUGGGUUAUCUCACAGAUUCUUUCCAAUGCAAGACAGGUCCAUGGGCAGUCAAUGGAUCCGCUAUAUGUGAUGUGAUACUAGACUGCAGAGACGGUAGUGAUGAGGCAUCAUGCAUACAUGAGCUGGACAAUGGAGAACAUCUUUAUCUGUACUCGCCAAAUUAUCCAAAUAGCUACUACGGCAACACCUCCAUCCUUUGGCUCUUCCAGGCGAAUUCAUCAGCUGGAGGCAACUUCUCUUUCGUUGUGACCAUCGACGAGUUGCACCUCGACAGCUAUGAUACUUUGAAGAUAGGACAAGGCCAUGAUGCCGAUGGCUUCACUGUAGUCAAUUUCACUGGCUUUACAUCCCUGGACAACCCAUAUUUUACCGUCGUUGAAGGAGAUGAGCUCUUUAUUGAAUUUGUGACCGAUGACUAUUACGAUUCAGGAGCUUUUAGCAUCGAUAUUGGACUCUACUUGCGAGAUGGGAAAUUUAUAUGCAAUGCUGGCAGUGGCAAAGGUCUCGUUAGCAUUAACAAAGUAUGUGAUGGGAAGGUUGAUUGUAUUGAUGGUACAGACGAGACAAAUUGUUCUGUCAUCCUGGCAACAGACGAAACGGUUUUCCUUGCCUCCUACACUUAUCCUUCUAACGUGAACUAUGGAAAUGACUACAUCUAUUCAAGCUGGAUCGUUUCAUCAGCAGACAGUGCAAAUGCUCUGAUAGUCCAAGUUGAAUAUAUUAAACUCUAUUUUGGUGACUCACUUAUCAUACGUAACAUUGGUGCAACUACAAGCCGGAGAGAGACCACGUGGUCAUUUGCAGAUGAUACAACCUUUACUUGGAGCGAUAUUGCAGAUAAAGUAUUCCCAGAGGGAGAACUGUCGGUGGAAUUCAAGAGCCUGUAUGGCGGAGGUUUUGGUCUCGAAAUACUUGCACUCCCGCUGGAAGAUAUCAUAACAUGUGAUGCUGGAGAUAAGAUCGCUCCGCCUGGAAACAGAUGUGAUGGUACUGUGGACUGUACUGACUUACGUGAUGAGCUUGAUUGCCCUCCCAUCGCAAGCUUUAAUCUGAGUCUUGGCGAAAAUGUUACCAUCCAGUCCCUUGGAUAUCCAGUUUACUUACCUAUCACCAGACCAUUGAUAAAGACAUGGACAUUCAGUGCAGUGGAUGGGACAAGGCUACGUUUGGAUAUCAUCCAUCUGCAGAUGGAAAGUGUGGACCAUUUUACGCUAGGAACUGGUUUUGACAUACACAAUGCUUCAACGAUUUUGUAUGAGCUAUCAUAUGAUGUUUACAAGGGAAUUGAAGGAAACAGUCUGCUACCUAUCAUACCACCGGGAUCUGAGUUUUGGAUCGCAUACUUCAGAACUCAAGGGAGUUUUUUUCACACAUCUUCCUUUGCAUUUGAAGUUACCGCUGUCCAAGAAACAGAAAUUCAAUGUCCUGCUGGUGAAACAACUUGUGGAGACAUCUUCUUUGAAUGUUUUGACUCCACCAUGUUCUGUGAUGGAGUGAAUGACUGCAUACAUGGGACUGAUGAAGAGUGUGAAUGUCCUAGUCUUUGGGAAGUGCGAUGUGGUCCAUAUAGAGCAUGUGUCAACCGCAAUAACUUCUGCACCAGUUACCAUUCCUGUGAAACAGACUGCACAUUUGCUUGCAACAAUGGGCGGUUCAUUCACCAAGGAUUUGUGUGUGACGGAUUCAAUGACUGUGGAGAUUUUACAGAUGAGCGACAAGACUGUGAAUGUGCAGCCCAUCAGUAUGAUUGUGGUGAGAAAUGCAUUUACAAAAACAGCGUUUGCGAUAGCUUCGUAGACUGUGCUGAUGGAAGUGAUGAAAAGAACUGUUCAUGCCAAAGCUUUCAGUUUGAGUGUGCCAGUGGAGAAUGUGUUAAUUUCUGGCAACUUGGGGAUGGAGCAUCUCAGUGUAGUGACGGCUCCGAUGAAAUUACCGAAAACAGUCAAUACUGUCCUGGCAAUUACUUCCAGUGUCAUAACUUCGGCAACUGUCUAGCCCGCAGUGACGUCUGUGAUGACCAGCAAGACUGUACUGAUGGAAGUGAUGAAUGGUUUUGCUCUAGUGACCCACCAGAUGAAGUAGUCCUUAACACAGGAGAGUGUUUCAACCUGACAUCACCUUCAUAUCCAAACGACUACUCUAACAGACUAAACUAUAUCUGGACUAUAACUGGAGCAGUUGGAGACUCUGGUAUACGCAUGAAAUUCGAUGUCUUCUCUUUAGAAUCCGGCUAUGAUUUCUUGGAUAUCGGGGUUGGUACUUUUGAUGGACAUUACCUGUACCGAUUCACCGGGACAUACUCUAUUGAAAAUCAGGGCAUUGCGGAGUCUUCUGUAAGUGCCUCUAAAACACUUUCAGACACUUUCCAAGAACCAGAGUCAGAUGGUCGGAAGAAGCGAUCAGUUACUUCUGAUUUCUGCAGUGCCUCCACAUCUUACUACGAUUACGGAAGUUUCCCCUAUGUUAUCCAUCUAAACAGUACAAAGAUCUGGCUACAAAUGACAACAGAUUUCAUUAUUUCCUCUGAAGGCUUUGUCUUGCAGCUUAUCUCUACAAGAUUUGAAAGUGAAUACUUUGAGUGUUCAGAUUUGUCGGUUAUUCCAGCAGAUAAAAAGUGUGAUCACAUAUCAGACUGCCCAUCAGGCGACGAUGAACAUGAGUGUGACAAUUAUGAUAUUGAACUCUCAUCUGAAGCCUGGAAGAACCUAACAUACCAACUGGCCUACUCUGAUUACACUGUUGAUGCUACAUGGCGGAUCACAAACACGAGAGGCCUCAGCGGUUACGCGGUCCAGGUCCGCAUGAUUCAAUUGGGCCAGAUGAGCUCAUUGGUCAUAGGACUAGGACUGGAUGAUAGCCUUACUGAAACACGGGCUGUGGUCUUGUCUCCUUACUCACCACUGUUGGAGUUGCUUUUUGAAUCAGAAGCGUUGUGGGUUCACCUACACUCAUAUGAGUCCACGGAUGCAGCAUUUGAACUCGAUCUUAGACCUGCUGAGUUCGUAGGAGGCCCACUUCUGUGUAGUGAGGGCCGUGUGAACAUCAGCAGUAAUGCUAUUUGUGACGGAGAGAAACAGUGCAUUGAUGGAAAUGAUGAAAGAAAUUGCAAGCAGCCUAUUCUCCCAGAAGAGUGUGGGUUGCGCCCUGCCCUGGACGUACAUCGUGUCACUCACGGAUCAGAGGUUACCAUCCUGGGAGAAGCCCCAUGGCAAGUUGCCCUCUACGCGAACGGUGCUCGAUUUAUAUGUGGUGCAAGUAUCAUUGCCAAUGAUUGGAUCCUCACUGCAGCACACUGCGUGGAAGACUUCUACCGGUACUCUCCAUUCCAAAUUCAAGCAGGAAUGCUUACUCAUGAUACAGCAGGGCAGGUCCAUGAAGUAUCUGAGAUAUUUAUACACCCGCUGUUUGGCUCAUAUUCACUUGAAAAUGAUAUCGCUCUCCUCAAGCUAUCAACUCCGCUCAAUUUCACGGAUGCUGUCCAGCCCGUGUGUCUGCCCCCUCCAGGGGAUCAUCUUCCUGAAGUGGGUUCCUAUGUCACGUUUACAGGAUGGGGAAGCUUUGGCGAGAGAGGAGGGCCCUUACCUCGUAAUCUGCAGAAGGCCAGAGCACCUGUGAUACCAAACAACAUAUGUCAGAGACCUCUGAGAAAUUUCUUCCAUGUUUUGCCGUCAAUGUUCUGUACAAUGUACGAUACUGGAUAUCAGGCUUCUUGCACUGGUGAUAGUGGGGGUCCACUGGUACAGGAGGUGAACGGUCGCUGGACUAUCUAUGGCAUCACUAGCUGGGGAAUAACCUGUGGCGAAGCAUACUCGCCAUCAGGCAAAACUCGAGUUUCAAGUUUUAUCGAUUUCAUCUAUAAGACAAUUCGAGAGAAUUAAUCAAAAUUAUACUCAUACGUCCAAUCACUAUAAAGCCCAUAGCAAAUUUACGUCAAAACAAUUGCAAAGACAAAGGUCCAUUUCUACUUAUUCAGUUAAAGCCAACCCUAGGGCUAAGAUCACUUUUAACAAAGCAAAGCUUAUACUUUAAUAAGUUGAACGAAAGCUAAAGCCCAAUUUUAGUAGAAUAUGGGCCUUAUGGAUUUCAGACUAGAUGCUUUAUCAAAUUAUUCUCUACAAAUUGCUAUAAAACAUGGCAAAUUUUUGUAAAUACGAUCAUGAGGAGAGAUAAAUUAAUUAAAUUAUUCUUUAUGAAUCAUUUUAAAAGCUCAUGGAAAAUUGAUGUCGAAUUGAUCGCAGAGGCUUAUUUUUUUAAUAAAUUUUAUCUUUAAGACCAUUCUAGAUUACGGUAAUCCAAUUAUUCUUAGCAGUUCACUUUAGAUUUAUGUGUAUGAUUAUAAACAUGACAUGAAUAAUUUAAUUCUAUUAAGUGUUUUUUCUUUUCUAUAUAUGAAAAUUACAUGUCUUUACAUCAUGUGGGUAAAUUUGAUCAGUGUAGAAUUAUUAGUGUAAUUUGCUAAUGUAAUUAAAUCAAUUUUACUUAUCUUAAAAGAUUAAUGGUACUUUUCAUGCCAUGUUUGUUUAUUGCAUUAAUAGUUACAGAAUGAUAAAAGUGUAAAAGAAUUUAUUGGUUUAAAUGUCCUUUAUUAUAUCUUUGUUAAGGUAUGAAAUCCCACUUUCUGUAGGGAUAAUUUGUAUUAUGCAGUUUGAAAGACAAUCAUAUUUUACAGAUAACUUUAUGAUAGCAAACGAUACAAGGAAUGUAAUAGGAUAUUAUGACAUAAUGAUGAUUAUAAAACGGGUUCUAGAAUGCAGGCAAUUUAAUUGGUCAAAAGACAACACAUGACCAUGCAUCAGACUUUCCUACCACCCCUACAGUGCAAACAAAAAUUCCCAUUAAAAAGUGGCUGAGAUGCGCCUAAGCGUAUUCCUGGUGGGAACACUAUUAAGACGCGACGAAAUACACGCAGUUUCGAAUGGAAGGACAUUGAUGCAUGCACUGUGACGCGUAUUAAACUGUUUGUCUGCCCGCUUAUUUGAUAUUAAUCAAUAAAGCAAAUGAUGGCCUUCAUAACUGUACAACUCUUGGCAAUUUGAUUGGGUAUGUUGCUUAUUUCUUGACUUUAUAACCACAUUGCCGACCCGUUUUAUAAAUGUAAUUAUUCAAGUUUUGGAGCUUGUGUAUUCAAACAGUGAUAUAGACUCUAAUCUGUUAAGUCACAAUGAGCUUGAUAAUGACUUUGACAAGUCUUGUCCAUUGUCCGAAAGUAACUUAAUUUGUGUGCAGUGCAUAUUCACUAAUGAACUCACAAACAUAAAUUAUUUGUAUAUUAUAGAUUAAUUGGAAAUUAGUUUUUUUUACAUACAUAUGUCAAAAAGUGUAAUGAAUUAUAGUUAAUGGCGUAUAUUUUUGUUAUUUCAUAAUUAUUGCAGGGACCCAAUUAAAGGGAGAUUAAUUUUUAAGUAUUUUUGCUGUAAAAGCCAUUUCUUAGGGGUCCAUAAUAUGCUAGUAUAUGUUUAUUAUAUGAAAAUUAAUCAAUGUAUGGUGGGGGGCCUGUGUCUGUAAUCUUUGAAAUAUGUCUUGAAUUUGUAGACUAUAUUUUAAUGGGAAAUUGGUUUUAUGUACCAAACAUGUUUAUCAAAUAGUGUAAUGAAUUAUAGUUUAUGGUGUAUAUUUUUGUUGUGUCAUAUCAAUUAAGAUGCUGCUUGUAAGUGUCGGCUUGCAUGGUGAUGUAGAUA